AUUGGCUUAAAAUCAGGAACAGGCGUGAACCCCGGAAGGCAGUGGCAAGAUGGCGUCCCUGGAUCGGGUAAAGGUCCUGGUGUUGGGAGACUCAGGUGUUGGGAAAUCUUCACUAGUUCAUCUUCUAUGCCAAAAUCAAGUGCUGGGAAAUCCAUCAUGGACUGUGGGCUGCUCGGUAGAUGUCAGAGUUCAUGACUACAAAGAAGGAACCCCAGUAGAGAAGACCUACUAUAUAGAAUUAUGGGAUGUUGGAGGUUCUGUGGGCAGUGCCAGCAGUGUGAAGAGCACAAGAGCAGUAUUCUACAACUCUAUCAAUGGUAUUAUUUUAGUACAUGACUUAACAAAUAAGAAGUCAUCCCAAAACUUGUAUCGUUGGUCAUCGGAAGCUCUCAACAAGGAUUUGGUGCCAACCGGAGUCUUGGUAACAAAUGGGGAUUAUGACCAGGAACAGUUUGCUGAGAACCAAAUCCCACUCUUGGUAAUAGGGACUAAACUGGAUCAGAUUCAUGAAACCAAGCGCCAUGAAGUUUUAACUAGGACUGCUUUCCUGGCUGAGGAUUUCAAUGCAGAAGAGAUUAAUUUGGAUUGCACAAAUCCACGGUACUUAGCUGCUGGUUCUUCUAAUGCUGUCAAGCUCAGUAGGUUUUUUGAUAAGGUCAUAGAAAAGAGAUACUUUUUAAGAGACAGUAAUCAGACUCCAGGCUUUCCUGAUCGAAAGAGGUUUUGGGGAGGAACAUUGAAGGGCCUUCAUUACGACUGAAUUAUGUGCAUCCUUUGGAAGAGUGAGAAAGCAGUGGCAAUUUUUCACAGCAUUCUUCUGGCUGUGUCAAUUAUUAAUGUCUCAGCCUUUUAAUGAAAUCAUCUUAAAAUGCCACCCUUCACCCUCACCCUUUAAUGGAAAACUAAAAGGAACUGACAGUGCGGGAGGUCUGAACUUUGUCCCCAUUCUCUCUGUUCCUCACCUUUCUGUCCCUGUUUAUAGAUUAUGUAAAAGCCUUAUGGAAAUAUGAGAUGUUGUCAAAAUGAUGCAGUAAAUGAGCAGUGACAGAGUGCUGCAGAGAAAAUUUACUCCUGCCUAGAACUGGAGCGUUUUUGGGUCUGUAAUUUUCCCACACUCCUUGCUGAAGGCUUAAUUAAGCACUUCAAAAAUGUAUCUCUAUUGUUUUACCUUCUGGAGGGGAAAGGUUAUGUUAACCAGCCCUGAGUUGUCUACCCCAAACAAUCUUUGUCAUUUUCAAAGAAGCAAAAUUGUGUUAUUUAAUUAUCUCCACCCUCAUCACACACAAGGAUACCUAAUAAUAGCAACCCUUGUUCCCUCUCCUCUCCUUUGAAAAUGGUUCAGUGGCUGGAAGAGGAGGACUAAUGGCUGGAGUUAAAUAUAAAUAGAUUAAUAAUACAUAGAGAACAGCAGUACCAGAAGAGAAGAAUUCUGCAAGAAAUUGACAGCUCACUAAAUCCUUCACUCUUUAGGUAAAGCUGUCUGCACGAUCACUGUUACCUGUUUGGAAAUGGGUAAGGUGAAAUCUAAGACCUGCACAAAGGCAGUAAGAAAGAUUUGUAGCCUCUUCGGGUUUGCUUGUUUUUUAAAGGAAAAGUUAACUCCUGAAAUGUCUCUUAACUAUAGUCUAUAAACUAAGAAUAUUAUUCUUUGUGUCAACAAUGUAUUUAUGGAGAGAAGUAAAAAUAAGUUCCAUAGCAACACAUUUACAUGAAUUAUAAAUUAGAAUUCUUGGAUUUCAUAAGCCAGAAUUUUGGGGUGGUGGUGUGUGUAUAUGCAUAAUUGUUUGUCACUUUUUUUACCCAUCUUUUUUGCUUCUUUAAUUCUCUCUGCCCUGGUUGUUCUUAAAUAUAUAAACCUGGUUUACAAAAACUGUAAUUUGCUGCCUUAUUCAACACCUUUUCACCCGCAUUCUGGCUCUGGCUCUGAUGCGGGACUCUGCACUCCUGAUUUUACUCUAUAUUAAAAUAUAAUAAUAAUAUUAAA